AUGACGGACGUGCUCGUUUCCAGGAACGACACCGAGACCAAGCCCGAUGUGCUGCUCGCCGUCUCCCAAUGCACGGUCCUGGUCCUCGCCCUCGUCCUGGGCCUACCCGGGAACGUGUGGGUGUGUUGGGUCGUGUUCCGAACCAAGAGCCUCCGGACGAGCGACAACGCGCUGCUGGUCAGCUUGGCCGCCAGCGACCUGCUGAAGUGCUCCGUGGACGCGCCGCUCUUGCUCGCCUCCUUCCUGCAGCGCGCGCGUGGCGAGCGGCUGCCGGCGUCCGCGUGCGCCUCGCAGCACUUGACGUGGGCCUCGUGCGGCUGCGUGCAGCUGCUGACGCUGGCCGGCAUCAGCGUGGAGCGCUACCAGGCCGUCGCCUUUCCGUUCCGAACGCGGCGGAGGAGAGCCCGGGUUCGCCUGUGGAUCGUCUUCAUCUGGCUUUGCGGCCCGGCCUCGGCUCUCCUUUCGCUGACCCUCUCCGAGCGGCCCCUCUUCUACGCGCUGUGCCGGCCCGCCGCCUCUCACGGCCACGCUCGGCCUCGCCACCCGGAUCCGUUCGGCCCUUACGUUUUGGUGCCCGUGUGGGUCUCGUCCCUGACCGUCAUCGUCAUUCACUACGGGCGAAUCGUCGCCAUGGUGAGGAAGCACCGAAAGAAGGCGUUCAGUCGCGGCAUUCGGGUGAUGCCCGCGGUGUCCCGGCACGCGUGGAGGUGGCCGGGCGACUCCACGGGCCGUUUCGCCGGACGAGCCCGCGGGGCGACUCCGGAGAUCGCGGGAGCGGUGUGUCUGCUGACGCCGGGCGCCCGAGAGCGGGGCAAGAAGCGGAUGGAGGGCAAACUGGCCAAACGCUUCGGCUACAUGAUCGUCGCCUUCGCGCUUUGUUGGCUUCCCAUGGUGCUUAUUUUGAUCAUCCAACACCUCGUCGCACGGCCGGACGCCGACGGAUUGCUGCUGGAGAUGGAGACCUCGGCGAUGGUGCUCACUUGCGUGCAAGCUGCACUGGAUCCACUCAUCUACACUUUGGUCACCAGACAGUUUCGCUUUGAACUCAGCAAGAUGUUCUUGUCUCUCCGAAGGUGUCCACUGAAUUUGGGAUCCUGAAAUUCCGCCGCACGACAAACGCCCUGAUCACAAAUCCACGCAGAAUGCGACGAACGAGGCCAGGGAAAAA